GAGAUAGUCGUCGAUAUUGUCCGCCACGCCGCAUGUGUGUACUUAAUUUGUUCGUAGUUUACAGAAACGGGUACAGGAACAGCAGGAAGGAACAAGGAUGUUAUUGUUGUUGCGUCCCCUUUGAUUAUUAUUGUUUCAUCGCUACCUUUUUCGGGGUUGACGGGGUUGCAAAUGAGGGUGAUGGGGUGUCGUGCCCCGCCAGCGGCCGGUCAUAAGACGAAUAAUUCCAUGCUUCGUGUUUUUUGAUUCAGUUUACGACGCCAAGUCACAUUGAACGGAUGUCGGUGGAAGCUGGACGCCAUCUAGGCGGUCACUAUUUGGUCAUAUGCGUGUGUGUCUCCUUUGUGCUUGGUAUUUUUGUGCAGUACUGUAGUGUAGCGACGAGGGUUAAUUAUCAUUAAUGUUAAUAGGAGUGUAAUUAAUGAUAACACGGUCGAUCACUGACACUAUUGUCUCCGUCAAUUGGUUCGAAUUAUUCAAAGUAGUAGCGCGAGAAGGAAGACGGGCGGUUAUCCCUGAGUUGAUGUCUUAGCGCUCCAGACCAAGUUCGUUUUGUUGGCAACCUAAUAAGUAACUGUCGUUGCUCUGCAUGAGCUAAUUUAGCGGGAAUUUUAAUUGCUCUUAAUUGCUGGCAUCUUCGAAACCAAACAAGGACUGCUGCUGGUUGAUGUGUCUUUAAGCGGUUUGUUAUGACAACACUGGCUUCUUGGAAAAGGCGGUCCAAAUUGCGAACUGUUGUGUGGAGCGUGUACGCCAAAUGAUUGAGUUCGGUCCAGUUUGUGGCCGUCUGAAUUCGCGCGGAAAUUGUCAACCCCAUCUGUGAGUGUUUGUGUUUAACGGAUUCUAUCACGUGGCUAGUCCGAGACUCCCGCAACCCUAAAAUAGGGCUGAAAAACAGGAAAUGGAUACAAGUUGGGGACAACAGAACUUUUCGAUUUUAAGCCAUGCAAGCAUAGCUAAAUGGUUUGAUUAGUGCCUGAAAAGUCGUCCAUAGUAAGUUCUCCCGGGGACUCAAAACUAGUCGCAGUUCAAUGCAUUUACGAUUGCUGUGUACCUUUAAUGUGCCACGGAGUUCACACACAUUUCUUGAAAGAACACAUUAACAUCUUCCUUAGAAACCUACCGGCGAUUAACCUCAUUCCCUCCUGCCCAAACCUUCGCAAUAAGUUCAAGUUAUUAUUGUCUGUGACUAUACCUUCGCUCCACAUUAUCCAACCGUCGUCGUCGCCGUUGCAGAGAAAGUUCCUUAGCAUUCGGUGCUAUGCGAGAGGGAUGAAGACCCCCGCCCCACGGCCUUUCUUCACCUACUGGCAGUUUGUAAGUCUUUUUGCGGCUUACUGAAGUGCCUCCUCGACUCCAUUCCAUGCGAACGCCUCUUUCACCAGACGACGUACUUAGGAGGCAGCAGUCGGCCCUACCAGGCAGUGGUGGCUGCAAGGCUAAUAAUCGUCGUCACUUUUACUUGAACGGCUGACUCAAGGGGAAAGCUCAUAACACUUGAACGGUUACGUUUCACCCCCCGUCACUCCACCAUCGCACCUUGUUCGCUACCCUUGCAUAGUACAUCCAAGACAGACUAUUCCGUGCCGCACUCAACGCCAAUAAGACGAAAAGUUUUCCGCUUUUUUCUUUGAGAUGGUCAGCAUUUUUUCAUGAAUGAAAAGCUUCGAGUUAUGAUGCCGACAGCAGAUGCGAGAUGUUACUAGCACUGAACACACGUGACUACGUUGAUUCCGAUAACGAUGACGACGACGUGUUACCUGUGGAAGUGUGUGACCCACCUGUGCUCCGCUCGGCGUGCUGCUGUCUGAGGCAACGACAUCGCUGGCUUUUAACUUUUCACAGCUACGCCAGCCGCGAUAGCUUCACCAGCAGCAGCAGCAACAACAACACCAUUCUCGGCAGAACCUUCAGCAACAUUUGCGACAGUGCCAGCAACAGAAGGAGCUCCUCAAACACAGGAAGCAUCACUAUCACGUGCUGCGUCUGAGACAAGGAAUUUUUUUUUGUUGUGCUUUUCUGUUUUUGUUUAAGACAUCUCGUGCGACCUUGACGUUGUGGAGUGGAUGUGGUGUCAGACCCCCUCGCCAACAUUCCAUAGAUGAUCCCAUUUCCGGGUGUUUUGAUGUGAAAACGGUGAAAGCUUGCAAGGAAAAAGGCAAAAUACGAGAACGGUAUAAAAAGGACAAGUACGAGGAGCAUCCUAAAUGUGUAAAAAUGUGAAUAGUCAGAAAGGAAAGUGUGAGAACUUCAAAGAUUUGUUUUUGUCCUUUGCAGAGCGGAAGGAAAAUUGUUUUCAUUGGAAAAUUAUCUGAAGGAAAAUAAUGUGGGGCGAAUUUUGUGGAAAUUUGUGAAUGUUUAGAUUUGCCUUGAUCGUAACAAUUAAUACGAAAAAAAGUUGAUUAAACCGUUUUGUGUGAAAAUUGGAUAAUUUGGUGCUAAUAAUAUUAGAAAAACAGAUAACUGAGAAUUCAAGGGAGGUGGGAUUUACUCACAUCAAUCCAUACCAGUUUGGCCUACAGCUGGAACAAGGAUAAUAUUGACGAGUCGGGAUGCGAAAAGGACAUGGCGGAAGGUGCUGAAGAGACUGAAAGUAAUAACAACGCUGAUACACCCGCCAUGUUAGGAACCGUGUUACCAUGUGAAGCGUUACAAGCUUCAAUUGGUGGCAUGAAGCGUGAAUUCGAUUCAAUUGGCAUUCGGACGUCACCAUCCCAAUCGCCAUCCUUGCAUCAGAUUUUAACAGCCGCGGCCACAAUAACCACGGCAGCUACCACGCCAUCAUCAACAAUAUCAACAGCGGCCACAUUGCGUUCAAGUACAACAAAAUCGCCAUCACCAUCGCCAUCAUCUUCGUCAUCGUCCUCAUCGUCAUCAGGAAAUGUUCAACAGCAUCCCAUUAAUCUUAAGUCCGAAGAAUAUGAUAAGGAUUCAUGCCACAGAGUCUGCUCUCCCGGCUCACCUUUACCGCAUUCCGAAGUUGAGAAAGAAAGUAAAAACCCAUCAGAAUAUUAUAAGCACAUGGCGUGUAGCAACCCUGAAAGGAACUCACACUCACCACAGGAUCAAGCGAAAGCGGCGGCGGUCGCUGCAGCAGUCGCAGCCCAAGCCCAUUUAAAUGGAACUAUGCAAGACAUGAUAAAUCUACAAAAGUUACAAAAUUUAGCGUCGAUACAGCACCAACAGCAGCAGCAGCAGCAACAGCAACAACAACAUCAGCAACCACAACAACAGCAACAACAACAGCAGCGAGAGCAGCAGCAUACAUCAGUUGGACCGGGAGCACUUGCAGGCCUUCAGGGAUUAGCUGGAAUUUCAUCUGCAGCAGCAUUAAACUCACCUUUGAAUUUAAGCGUUGGCUCUACAUCAACUUUAUCAUCAACGAGUACGAAACCAUCGCCGACGCUUACGCCAACUCCAACUUGCAGUGCACUGGGGAGUAAUGGCAGCGGAAUAUCUGCUUGUAGUAUUCCAGGCGGUUCGCAAAUGCCACAAUUAAUAUUAGCUUCAGGACAAUUAGUUCAAGGCGUUCAGGGGGCACAAUUACUAAUCCCAACGUCGCAAGGUAUUGCAGUGCAGACCAUCCUCACAAUUCCCGUGAGUCAGCAGAUAUCGACGAAUGACCAAUUCCUGCAAAGUUACGCUGCUCUAAGUAGCGGGGCAACAACCGCCUUCAGCAGUGCAGCCGCUUUAGGUACACCUCAAAUACCGCUUGCCCAGCCGCCUGGUCACUUUUACAAACCGAAUUUGUUUUCGAGUGGAGUCCAACAAUUACUUGCCGCCCUCCAUCCCCAACUAUUUCCAAUGACCCACGCUGACCCGAUGCAUCAGCCGCCGCUCCAUCAUACGCCUGAACCUCAGCCACAGCAAUCCGCAGGCCAUAGCUUACACCCGCUUCACCCUCAGCAGCAGCCCAGCCAUCAGCAUCAUCCCCUCGAAAGAAUCUCACCAAAGCUUGAGUCGUUGUCUCAUCACCGUGAACCUAGUCCUCAACAUCUAUCGCGAAAGUCACCACUUGUUGCUACGCAUCCAGGACAUAGCCCACCUAGAAGUUCGAAUUUUGCCGCCAUCCACUUGCCACCACAUCCGGCCGCAGGCCAAGAAAAGCCAUCAACGACUUCAGCAGCAUCGCCUUCCACCAACCACUUCAUCGCAGCCUCAUCAUCUGCUUCGUCUUCGUCAACCUUGUCGGGAUCUCAGUUACAGCACACACAUUCGCCAAAUAGCCACAGCCACAAUCUUAGUUCCAGUUCUCAUAGUUUAAGUAGUCACGUUAAUUCACCGUCAUCUGCUGCUUCUGUACUUAAUAGCAUCAAUAGUACAAAUUCUCUUUUAUACCACAGACUCACCACAAGUAAUGGUGAAUUAACAAUAACCAAAUCACAUGCUCCCGCUAGCCACUCAUCAAUUUCGGCCGCGACUGCAUCGUCGACGUCCCCGUCGCCUGGCCCACCAACCAGUACGCAUCAUUCCAGCAGUCAUCAACAAUCGCACCUACAAUCCCAACAACCAGCUUCAGCACAACAUCAACAGCAACAGUCAUCCCAGCCUCUUGCGAUGAAGUUGAGUCCUUCUAGCAUGCAUCUUUCGCCGACUGGUACAGAAGUCUCUGCCACUGAUUUGUUAGUGGAUUCGCCCAACGAACCUACAAUAAAUCAAACGAAUUGCAACGUUGUGGAUGGAAUUGAUCUUGAUGAAAUAAAAGAGUUUGCCAAAGCCUUCAAAUUACGACGCUUGUCGUUAGGCCUAACCCAGACGCAGGUGGGUCAAGCACUCUCGGUUACCGAAGGACCAGCUUAUAGUCAAAGUGCCAUAUGCAGUGCCCUUGCCGCUCAGAUGUAUGCCGCUCAACUCUCAUCGCAGCAACAGAACAUGUUUGAAAAAUUAGACAUAACUCCAAAGAGCGCUCAAAAAAUCAAACCUGUUCUAGAAAGAUGGAUGAAGGAAGCAGAAGAAAGUCAUUGGAACCGAUACAAAACCGGACAAAAUCACUUAACAGAUUUCAUUGGAAUCGAACCGUCCAAGAAGAGAAAACGAAGAACUUCGUUCACGCCCCAAGCUUUAGAAUUACUGAAUGCCCACUUCGAACGCAACACGCAUCCGUCAGGAACGGAGAUAACUGGCCUAGCGCAUCAACUGGGUUACGAACGUGAGGUGAUUCGCAUAUGGUUCUGCAAUAAGAGACAGGCCCUGAAGAACACAGUUCGGAUGAUGUCGAAGGGCAUGGUCUAAGCCAAAAUGGAAAGCUUUAUUGUGUCAUUUCUAUCUUCAUUGUUACUUUUUCUUGCGAUUCCUGACCCUUCAGAGUUACACUUCUACAUCUAACUUAAGGAAUUAGUUUCUGUAAAUAACAAAGGCUACAAAUAGCACUAGUGACGUAUGUUCUGUUGUUUUUAUGUAUAAUUUCGCCUCACACGGAGGACACCCACAGAGAAAAUGCUAUAAGCGAACUUACAGAAUUGAUAAAUUGUAAAUAUUGUGAUAGAGAUUUGGUGGUUAAAAGAAGAAAACGUAAAUACUUUUGCAACUAAGUUUAGGUUCGACUAAAAAAAGAGCUUAUUUUGUAGAAAAUAUGAAAACCAAGUAAAAAAUUGAAUUUUCCAAAAGCGCGUAGAGACGUGACAACGUUCAAAUUAGGAAAAACUCGAAUAUUUUUCAACCCCGAAGUUUUACUUUUUGCCAUUUUCCACAAAAGCUCAACUUUAUUAAAAUUCAGAUAUGUCAACAAGACGAAUCGGUGCCAUUUCCAUUAUUUAUUUUAAUUAAUCUGAAUUCUUGAUUUAGUUAUUGAUAAUUUUCUCGGUUCCACUGGGUCGAGUACGAGGCAUGGACGGGAACUGUUUUCGCAAUAAACCGGGAAUUAUGAGUGAAUGUUUACUAGAUACCAAGGUAGAUGCAGCAAAAUGGAAACAAAAAGCACUAAAAGUAAAACAAAUGUAUUAUUUAGACUGGAUGUGAUUAGACGAGAGUAUACUACGAUGAUUUUAUGAAGUAUCGGAAUUAAGGUUUAGCAAUAGUGACCCUAGACAUAAUGAUUAACGUAAAUAAAAUUAUUGUAAAAAUUAAAUCAAUGCAACAAAAUAAGAAAAAUAAAAAAGGAAAAAAUUAAAUAUAAAGUGAUUGUAAUAAGA